GUACUCCAGUAGCGUGCCGCACUUCCACGGAGACGCUGGCGUAUGACGUCAUCCGCCCCGGUCCAGGAGUUCGCGCCGUCUCGCCGACUCCAGCUAAGUCGAGAUGCACGUGUGCUGGUGGCGGCUGAUCGUGGCGAUGGUGGCGCUGCCGUUGGUGGCGGGCGUGGUCAUCAUCCUCAUGUGCUUCGUCUGCUGCCCGCUGCUGUGGAAGGAGAUACCCAAUACAGAGCAGAGCGACUACUACCGCACGCCGCUCUACGUGGUGGGAGUGCUGGCGCUCUGGGUGCUCUUCGCCAUCGGCAUCUUCUUCCUCUGGUGGCGCCGCAAGCCGAAAGUAAUCGUCGACGAUUCCACUGAAGUGAUCGUCGACGAGCCCAUCAAAGUGAUCUUCGACGAGCCCACAAAACUGAUCGUCGACGAGCCCACCAAACUGAUCGUCAACGAGCCCACCAAACUGAUCGUCGACGAGCCCAGCAAGGUGAUCGUCGACGAGACCACCGUGCUCCCUGCCGCCGAGGCGUGACGGCCCGUCCACUUGCCGGUGCCUCCGAGACGCGACGUAUGGCUGUGACAUCAAUGAGGCCACUUUGUCACGUUGUGGUAGACCACUGGGAUGUACAUCUCUCCUGAAAACCGGGCUUUAUAUUGACGACCCUCCAUUAUAUGGAAUAAAUCUCCACAUUACUCUGCAAGUUUUCAGCUGAAACACAGGUGUUUGUACCUGAGGCUCCAGUUGCGAUUCGUGCUAUGCGAAAAUUUUUUGUCGAUGCGGAGCUUCUCUUGCUACAAACAAUGCAAAGAGCGCGAAAACACUGCAGGGGAAGGUCUUUCCAACUCGGACGAUUUACUCAGUUGUAUGGCACCCCAUACUGUACCCUAAUAUGAAGAAAAUUCACUCUAAAACAAGAAAAAGAGACAUGCCACGAAGAAAUUAUCCGAAUGGGACGGAAAUCGGUAGAAGUGAUGUACAUAUGCAUACACACUAAUGAUUGGAUGUACCGCAAAACUGGAUGAUAUUUCCACGAGAAAGUCCUUCACACACUGAACAAGUCAAGACCGCGUUAGUCCAACUUGGCCAAUAUGCAAGCAACUUUUCACGACAUCCCUCGGGAGGACAUCCAGUAACGUAAUCAAUCCAUCGCAAGCUGAAUAACUCAGUGCAUAAGGGUCAGAGAUUGAAUUCCUCAAUUUGUUGAGGGCUUUCUGUUGAAUAAAUCAUCCAAUGUUUCUAAUAUUCUACCUUUGUUUGUUUGCCUGUACACUUACAUCGUAAUUGCCGUGUUCCGACUCAUUCGGAUUUUCUCUUGGAGUGUGAAUUCUACAACCGACAUUUAUAAUUUUCUAGAAGAGCAGCUUGUCGGAAACCUGUGUCUUGCACGUUGUGCCAUAAGAGGUUUUGUUUUAUAGUUUCGUGAAAUACAGAUUGACAAAUAACUGCACAAUACAGGUGAAACAAACAAAUGUUUCUCAACCCAUUCCCAUAAUGGUCACAGAGACAAGGAUGAUGACCAUUGUAUUUUGAAGUCUGGUACGAGACUAUGAAUUUCUCUCACUGAUGUUCAGCUUCUGAUAGGCAGUCAGAAGUGGUUUUUACUCUCAGUAACACUUAAAUAAAACUAGUUUGUGCAUCAUUGUCAGUAAGUUACAAAUAACAUUUUCAAAAAUCACUGUACACAUCCCACUACAGCGUUCAAUAAAAUAUUUAAAACAAG